AUGCUGCAGCGGGCGGCUAGCAAUGCGUAUUCAUGGUGGUGGGCAAGCCACAUCCGCACCAAACAGACAAAAUGGCUCGACAACCACCUCCAAGAUAUGGAGCACAGGGUUAAGUGCAUGCUCUUGCUCCUUGGAGAGGAAGCUGAUUCCUUUUCAAAGAGGGCAGAGAUGUACUACAAGAGGCGACCGGAGGUGAUCACUCAGGUGGAAGAAGUGUAUCGGGCAUACAAAGCUCUGGUCGACCGUUAUGACAUCAUGUCAGGGGAGCUUCACAAAGCAAACCACACCAUUGCCACUGCCUUCCCUGACCAGGUUCAGUAUGCAAUGCUGGAAGAGGAGGAGGAUAACAUCCCAAAAGCGUUUACCCCAGUCGAUCCGUGCAAAAUCCACAAGUCGAUCGUUGAUGGAUUGAUGAUGAAGAAGAAAGGAGAACAUCCUGGACCGAUGGGUGGAGGAGCAAAGAAUAAAACCUCAGCUCCCAUCAAUAAAGAGAAUGCACGGGAGGAGAUCAGCAGGCUACAGAAAGCUAUACUUGUCGUGCAGACCGAGAAAGAAUUUAUCAAAAGCUCCUACGAGAGCGCCAUUGCGAAGUUCUGGGAUCUUGAGAAGCAAAUCAAUGACAUGCAGGAACAGGUUUGCCACUUCCAAGAUAAGUUUGACGAAAGCGCGGUGAUUGAGGAUGAUGAAGCCAGAGCCUUGAUGACCGCAACUGCCCUUAAGACUUGCCAAGACACUAUUGUCAAACUCCAAGAACAGCACAAGUCAUUCGCCAACCAAGCAACGGGAGAGUCAGAAAGAGUCAACGUUUUCAGAGAGAGGCUCAAGGCUAUAAUGAAUCAGCAUGGCAAAUCUCUACAGGAUCCUCUGGAUUUUUCUGACAAAAGCACGCGAAAGAACAAUGUUGCCGAGAUGGAGGAAGUGUACCAUGUCAAACAAGGUGAAAUAGAGAUGCAGGCAGUAAUUGACAAGAUCAAGGAACACUUUGAGAGGGACUGCAACAUCUCCAUGGCAGAAAUUACAGAGCGAAUUGAUGACUUGGAGCUUAUGGUUUCAUCACAGACCUCGCAGAUAGAUAGACUCUGUCGGGAAAACAAUGAGCUGGAGAAUUCUCUGCAAAGCCUGGAGGAAGAGAAUACAGUGCUGGCCAGUGGCUCGAGUGAAUUAAAUAAUAAGGUCAAACAGGUAGAAGAGGAGCUGAUCAGAGUUCAGGCUCUUGAAAGCUCCUUCCGCAGAGACGAAAGCACAAUCCGUUCAAAUUUCAUAGAAGCAAUAAGCGGAUUCAGUGAUAUAUCAGAAUUAUUGCAAUCACCGUUUUGUGAGCACCAUACUGGUUCUGCUGCACACGCCUCCCAUGAAACACAACCAGUUGAGUCAACAGAGCCAUCAUCAGAUGAAAACUGUGACAUGAUGGAGGAGGGUCUUCAAAUUGCUGAACCCCAUGCUAACAACGCCGAGUCGACGUCUGGUGACGUUGAGCCGGAUGAUCAUUGUGAUAACGGGGAUGCAGCAGGGAUCAAUGAAUCCGUCGAUAGCACUAAAGGCAGCAUCCACCAAUCAGACAUUGGGCAGGACAAAAGUUCACGUGAGAGGGGUUCAUUAGAACCGCUUCGUCACAUUUCUUCUGAUAACCUUGGAGGUUACGAUGAACAAGAAGGGAUCAGCAAGGAAGGUUCGUCAUGUUCAGCUGAUGAUGGUGCUGCUGUUGUUGAGCAAGGGGGUUUCAAUUUUAACCUUGAGGACCUGAGACUGCCUGCUGUUGCCGAGGCAGAAAACACGUCGCCUCUUGAAGAGAAGUUCAGAAGAGACAUUGACACGCUUUUGGAUGAGAACCUGGAGUUCUGGAUGAAAUUCAGCUCGUCCUUGCAGCGGGUACACGAGUUCCAGAACAAACACGAGGACCUGCAGUCCGCUAUGAGGAAGCUGCUGGUAAACGACGAGGAGGGCAAGCCAGACGGGGCGGAGAAGCAUCAUGACCCCUCUUCUGAGAAGGCAGCAGAGAAGCAGCUGAGGGCGCUCAAGACGGAGCUGCAGGUGUGGUCGGAACAGAACGCGCUGCUGCGGGGGGAGCUGCAGUGCAGGUUCACGUCGCUGUGCGACAUACAGGAGGAGAUCACGGCGGCGCUGGACAUGGACUCGGACGCACAGGUGGAGGGAGCUCAGUUCACGUCGUACCAGGCCGCCAAGUUCCAGGGGGAGGUUCUCAACAUGCAGCAGGAGAACAACAGAGUGUCGGACGAGCUGCAGGCGGGGCUGGAUCACGUCAAGGGGCUCCAUGCGGAGGUCGAGCAGGCGCUGGCGAAGGUGCACCGGAGCGUCAGCCUGUCGCCGCAACCGCAACCGCUCGAGGAGUCCUCCUCCUCCUCCUCCUCGGGCCAUGGCAACCUGGGGCGCGUGCCGUCCAAGUCCAAGGUGCCCCUCCAGUCCUUCCUCUUUCCGGCCAAGAACAAGAAGACGUCUCUGUUGGCCCGUGUCACUCCGGUGCUUCAGAAACAGCAAGCAGAGAUGAAGUUUCUUGCCAAGCUGCCAAGGUAG